AACUAACAUGAUGAAAAGCACCGUGAAAGGCUUGAGGAAGACAGAAAGGACUGGAUUGCACACCUUUCACAUUGUUUUGUUGGAUACACAGCUAGACUGGAAUAUGUGCUUCAGAGGCUCAUGAACAUCUGGGUUCAGCUACUCUUCAGCUCAUAGGUUUCUCUGCUCAACACUUCCAUUUUCUCUUAAUCUGCUCCCGUGUAUCUACAUGAUGAGUGACAGCAAAGAGAAACCCAAGGGCAGCAAAAAAGGGACCAAAGUCAAGCCAAAGCUUGAAAGCAAGGGUAGCUUCAAUGUGGGAACUUCAGAGCAACGAAAAAAGCCUCUUAGGAGAAGCCGCAGCAAUGAUAUGGAAAACCGCCAUCAUCAAAGUAGCCGAGGUAGAGAACGGGACCAGAAAGAGGGUGGAAGGCAACAACGGGGUCACAGCGAGGAGGGAAGGAAGCGAGACCACAACAAUGAGCCUGGACACCACAAGCCCGAGCAACCCAUAGAUGAUCUGCUGGACACGGAGUGCAUCGUGUGCUUCUGCAGCUUUGACAAUGUCUUCAAAGCUCCCAAGUUACUCUCCUGCGGCCACACGUUCUGCUUGGAAUGCCUGGCACGCAUCAAUGUGAGUUCUCCAGAGAUCAAGACGUUGUCUUGUCCGAUCUGUCGGGAGCAGACAGAAAUCCGACACGGUCGAGAUCUACCACAUUUGGGAAAUAACGAAGAUAUCUUCCGCAGACUUCCGGCCGAGAUGCAACGGGCGCUUUCUGUGCGCUUUAAACGCAGCGAGGGCAAACUCGUCCUCAAGAAUCCGCCAACAAACAGCUCUUUUAAUACCAUUUUAAAUCUGCCGGUGUUUAAGAAGAAAGAGGAGCAGGUCAGCAGUAAUCCGCUUGGAGUCAUGGAGGAAGGUCUCAGCCAGGCCACUAUGAUCGACGUGGGAAGGCCGCCAAGCAGGAUGAGGGGUCACAUGAGAAGGAUUAUGUAUUCCAAUCAGUGCUAUUAUGCUGUCGUUGCUGCCAUCAUCGCAAUCACUGUGGGUUUAAUGCUGGUGGGCAUCUUCACUUUUGUGUUGCCCUAUAUGCAAAGAACAAAUAGUCAAUCUCAGAACCCAACUUCUCCAAAGCCUUGAGAGAUGAGGAAACUGACAGCGCACAAGAAGGAUGACGGGCAAGGCAAAACAAGCUUGUUGCACUGAACACAACACAGCAUUUUUUUGCUUUUGUGUAAGAUGUUUCAGACAGGCUCGAUAGGAAUGAACUGGAAAAACUUGAACGUAUGAUGCACUGAAGUCUGUUGAGCGUGGACGUAUUUUGCACAAACUGAGACACUGUUUUGGAAAGGUUUUUAAGAGCAAGAGGCAAUGAGGAUGUCUAUUCUGACCAGUGAUUAACUGUAUAUAUAUGUGUGUACAUAUAUAUAUAUAUAUAUAUAUAUAUAUAAUCAUACAAUAUUACUAUGUCACUUGAUUUUGUGAAGAAUUAUAUAUUUUCAUGUAUUUCUUUUCUAUAUGGUUUCUGGUAUUGACGCUGAAGGACAAAAAUGUGACGGUUCGCCAAUGCAAAUCACCUCAGUCUAGAAAUGUACAUGGCAACACUAAUGUAAGCUCAUAAAUGUUCUUUCUUCUGUUAGAAAUACAUUUAUUAUAAAUAGAUACUUCUUUGACAUAUCCUGCACAUGAUGUAAACAAUAUACAAUGUGUAUUAUUAUACUGUAUGUUCAUUUUGUAUUUUUAUUUUUUUGCACAAAUUUGGAGAGGCCAAAGUGGGAAGUAAUAAACGUUUAAGACCA